CACACCUGCACGUCCACUCCAUUCUCUGGCACUGCCCUGCUGUGUUUGGUGCUGAGAGUGCGAGUGUGUGUCUGUGUGUUCACUCGCACAACUCUGACUGUGGACAGUGUUUUCCUCUUCAGACACGUCACACCGUGUCGGAAGACAAAGAUAAGUCAGCUGUACGUGUAGACCUGGCGGCCGGUCAUGUUUCAGGUCUUCAUUGAUCUCUUUCAGUCAAUGUUAUUGUAUUUUUGUUCCGAGUGAAGGUCGAGGACGAGGAAGUGGAGGCCGCCGUGACACAGAACAGACGAUAACUCACUCUGUGACUAACAAACUUGUCCUUCAGUUGAGGCCGUGUUAUCAGAGUUAAUCGUUGACGGGUCGCGCUGGAGAGCGACCUGAGACACCUCAGAACAAACUCCACUCGACUGUUUGGGAGUAUGUCAGCGCCGUCAGGAUAUUGGAGAGUUGCAUUCAGUAAUCUGUGGACUGAAAAGGUUGAAUUUGUUUCAAUUGAAUAAUUGAAUUCAAUGAAUUCCACGUUGAAAGGUUGAAUAUUUUUUAAUUUAUUCAUUUGAAUGAAUUUCGAAGUUUAAAUAUUAUCAGAAUAAUAGAUUUUUUUACACAUAGUUUGAUAUUCUAAUUCCAACUAUUCAGAAAUGAAUGUUCCCAAUUCAAUAUUUUUCAAUUUGUAGCCCUGUAAAUUAAGUAAAAAUCCACCUUGUGCAAUUCAAUUGACUGACCAGUUGCAUCGUCCCAUGAUUGUCAGCACGUUGCAUCACUGGCUGAAAGUUGGAUCGAGUAGCAGUUUUGUAUUGCAUUUAAAAGGCUGUGUAGGCUAUUUUAAAAUAUUGAAUUAAGGAAAUAUUUUUUCCAUAAUUGGAAUUAGAAUAGAAAACUCUGUCUAAAAAAUCUUUCAUUUUGAAAAUAUUAAAAAAUUGAAAUUCAGUUAUUAAAAAAAUAUAUAUAUUGAAAUAACUGAGUUAUUCAAUAAAAAGAAUUCAACCAUUCAAUAUACAGAUUACUCAAGUCAAUUAUUCAAAAAUAUAUUUCAAUGUUUAAAACAACUCGAUAGAACAUUUCAUUUAAAAAAAAACAAAAAAAAAACAAUGUUUCGGUAUUUGAAGUGUUGCAUUCAGCCAGUCAAUAUCCUGGUGUCCUUUGUACUACUGAGGCUGAAGAAUGCUUUCACACGGGGACGGAAAACAGACUGUUCAUCGUCAGAGCACAAACUGACCUCCGCUCCAACAUCCAACGUGUCCAAGGCCACAAGAUGGACGGAUUUUUCCGGAGGACGAUCCGCCUGAAGCUGGAGUACGACAAGUGCGAGCGCCACUGCAAGAUCCAGAAGAAGAACCGCAACAAGUGCCAAUACUGCCGUUUCCAGAAGUGCCUCUCGGUGGGCAUGUCCCACAACGCCAUCCGCUUCGGUCGGAUGCCCCAGUCGGAGAAGCUGAAGCUGAAGGCGGAGAUGGUGACGGUGGAGCGGGAGGUUGAAGACCCUCAGCUGGCCGACCAGAAGACCCUGGCCCGGCAGAUCUACGAGGCCUACCUCAAGAACUUCAACAUGAACAAAGCUAAAGCCCGGACCGUCCUGACCGGGAAGACCAGCACUCCGCCUUUCGUCAUCCACGACAUGGACACGCUGCAGCUGGCGGAGCAGACGCUGGUAGCCAAGAUGGUGGGGACGGCGGAGACCCUGAAGGACCGGGAGGUGGAGGUCCGGAUCUUCCACUGCUGCCAGUACACCUCGGUGGAAACCGUGACGGAGCUGACGGAGUUCGCCAAGUCCAUCCCGGGCUUCCCCGGCCUGGACCUGAACGACCAAGUCACGCUGCUGAAGUACGGCGUGCACGAGGCCUUCUUCGCCAUGCUGGCGUCCUGCAUGAACAAGGACGGGCUGCUGGUGGCCUACGGCUCGGGCUUCAUCACCCGCGAGUUCCUCAAGAGCCUGCGCCGACCCUUCAGCGAGAUGAUGGAGCCCAAGUUCCAGUUCGCCAUGAAGUUCAACGCUCUGGAGCUGGACGACAGCGACCUGGCUCUGUUUGUGGCCGCCAUCAUCUGCUGCGGAGACCGGCCGGGCCUGGUGAACGUGGGCCACAUAGAGCGACUGCAGGAGAAGAUCGUGCAGGUGCUGCAGCUCCACCUGCUGGCCAACCACCCGGACGACGCCUUCCUCUUCCCCAAGCUGCUGCAGAAGCUGGCCGACCUGCGGGAGCUGGUCACCGAGCACGCUCAGUUGGUGCAGGAGAUCAAGAAGACUGAGGACACGGCGCUGCACCCGCUCCUGCAGGAGAUCUACAGAGACAUGUACUGAGCAGCGCCAGCACGCCAGCACUCGCUGAUAAGCUAGGGGGCGCACCACUUCAAGACCAGCUGAAAUGAGUCACGUGACUUGGCUGUCAGCCUAUGGCAGCACAGAGAUGGAGGCUCCCUUUCCUGACACUUUUUAACAUGCUAACAGACGACAACCAGCAACUCUCUCGUCCCUGAACUUCGCUUUCUGACAAUCAAACUUCAUCGGAGGUUUUUUUCUUCUUUCUUAAAUGAGACAGAACAACUUUUUUAUUUUUCUAAACUCUUCUCAGCAGAAAUGCAGUUGGACUUCCUGGAUUAGCUAAGGUUUAUCAUGUGAAAGGAGAUGAAAACCUUUCUCACUUGCCAUUUCCAGCCUGGCGUUCUCUUCCUGUUUCGUCGUCAUGGCGACCACUGAUCACCUCCGAGCCUUCUUGUGUCCACACUAGCACCGAUUUUUUUUUUUUUUAUCACAAGCACAGCUUUUAAUUUCUGAGGACAAUUUUGGGAAUAGUCACAUGAUAUGGUUCAAUAUGGUUCAAGUCGGUUUACGUUGCUCAGUUCGGAAGCAGCAGUUUUAAAAUUCUUAAAUGGAUGUUUGACUUAACUUAAAGUACAAACUUCAAAUAACGGAAAUAAAAACCUGAGAAUCUUAAAUUCACAUUUAUGAGGCGUUAAAGUAGUUGAUCAAAGACUUUUUUAAUUAAAAUAAAGAUAUUUGUCAGUAAAAAGGUCUAAAAAUUAUAGUGUCUAUUUUGUCAAUAUUGAGGAUUUUUUAUAUUUAUUAAUAGGAUUUAAAUUUUAGCUGGAUUCUCUCUGUAAAGAAAACUGAGGAGUGAAUCUGGGGUUUUUUAGCUGGGUGGUCAUGUGACCUGUCGGCGUGCUGGUGUGGACACAACACUGACUGACCUUCGCCCCUGAUGUUCCACACAGUGAAGCAUUUCAGCUCGACUUUAAGCUCCGUCACUCGGAUCACUACUUGGUUUGUCUCCGCUCCUCCUGCGCAGGCCGUUCCCCCGGGUGGACGAGUGACUUGGGAGUCGCCGCUCCGAGUGCUUUUUUUUAACUGAGGAUCCAAGAGCCAUAUUCUUCACUGGCCAUCACCCAAGUGACUUCAGAACCUGGCAGCUCGUGAUCACACACACACACACACACACUCACCAGCGAUGGUGAUGCCCAGCUAUGCACCGACCGUCCUCACUCGCCGCUGGCGUCCGCUCCCGCCUGACUCGGACCUGACUCCCAGCAGGGGCGCACACUCCACAGCAGACGCUCCGUCGGCUGCACUGAUGAACUUCAGGAGCAUUCUGGAUGAGUCAUCAGUUUUUUUUUAUGAUGUUGAAUCAGAUUUUACCUUUUUAUUUGAUUUUUAAAGCGGAAAUAUUUAUGCAAAUGAUGAUGAUCAGAUGUUUCAGAGUCUAUCAAGCGGCAGCAGAGUCGAUUAGCUCACCGUGCUAACUAGCUUCAAUGCUAUCUCAUCGUUCAUGUCAGUGACCAGCUAACGUUGCUAACAUGAACCACUUUUCUUUAACGGUUUACCUCAGGUUUUCUAGCUGAUGCCCAACUCCAAACAAACGACAAAUCUAGGUGAUGAGAGUUUGUCAAAGGUGGGAUGAGAGUGAUGCGACUUGGCUCCUGUUCCAAGCGGUGAAUUAGACCUUGGGCCUGGAAAAGUGCACGUUCUGCUCUGUGAAGUUCAGCAAUGAGGCGUUGGGUUUAAAACUGUGAGUUAGAGGUCGACAGCCGGCGUCCCAACAUAAGUUUCUUCUGAAAAGCAAAGGAGUAUUUUCCAGGAAAAAAACAAAUCAAAGCUGCAAAGUCAGAAUUUCUGCCAUCAAGGCCCCAAGUCAUGGCUAAAAUAUUUGAGAUUGAAGUGAAAAACCACUUUAUCCAACGUUAGUAACUCAAGGGUCUUGAACCACAUUAUACUUGAAAUUAUUUCUUAAAUUAAGAAAUCUCUAAAAACCAACGAUAAAAAUCUGUUUCAUGGAAAAACUCUGACUUAAAACUUUUUACUCUUUUAAGCAACAUUGAGGGAAAGGAAUUGAACUGUACGAGGUAUAAAUCGUCAUGAUUUGGAGACUGCGAUCAAAUCCCUGGAAUUCCGGGUUCACACACACAUCCUUGUACUACUAUCUUCGUGAGGACAGGCCCUGCUUCCCCGAUCGUCUCACCCUAUACUGAACCAGGACUCCUAACCAAACUUAAACCCACCUGAGGGUUGAGAAACUGCUCCCCCUAUUGGUUAAAGACGGUACUGGUCCUCCCAAAGGUGGAAGUACAGGAGCCCACCUUGUGCGAGUAGAAGUGCGUGUAAAUAUGUGGGUGAACAAAUGGAGCCUGACUCGGGCCGAGUGAUCCUGCUCUGCUGUGAAACCUCUGAAAGUGUACAGUGGUUGUAGUUUUUGUUGAAAUGCCACGCGGACCUUGUUUUUCUACGCAAGUCUCUUCCUGUGAGAACAAAUCUGACAAAGUGUAAAUAGUUUUGAAGGCUCAGACGACGACGAUUGAGAACCGCAAACGCUCCGCCGCUGCUGCCUCUGCUGGCCGCGACUAUGUGAUGCAGUAAUGAAAAUGCAGUAUCUGUUGCUGUGCGUCGACGCGCAAAUGUUGAUUCACAGAGUUUCAAAUGUCCGAACUCUCAAAUCCAGUGCAGAAAACGGAGUUAAUACUCUUGAGCGACUGCCUCGCUGGUUGCUAUGGUAGAUGCAGGGAGGGAUUUGUGGGUGGGGCUUAACUCUUUCACCCUCUCACUGUUACGGUCAGAGGCGUCUCGUGUAUCGGCCCUCGACCGAAAGGUUGAUGCCGUCCAAGCUUUAGUGUCAGACCCUGAAACGGUGGGAAGUUUACAGUGUCACAACUCCAAGCUUAUUCACCAACCAUCGCAGAACUGAUGGACCCGAAUACAGUGGCUCGCUGCUAGUGAUGGAUCGAUGAGGCGUCAUGAAACAGUGUCCUAACUUUCAGAGGCCACUAGAUGGCGCUCUUGGUUUAGAAAUGAUGUGAGUUUCAUUGAAGUAGUUGUUCAAAUCCAAACACUUUGGUGGCCUGGUGGAAAAUCUGCAUACUGUUUCAUGAAACCUCAUCGACCCUUCACUACUUGCUACUAACCUAAGCCCCGCCCCCAAGCAGGCUGACCUACUAUUUCAACCCGACGUCAGAGGCAGGAAGAAGUCGCUUCGGUGUGAACGCAUGUCACUGAGGUGGUUCCACAUGUAGCACACUGCUUGGACCAAGUACCUCGACAUCCAUCCAUCCAUCCAUCCAUCCAUCCAUCCAUCCAUCCAGGCCUUCGAUGGCAUCUGUAGCUUCGGUACCUCAGUCGCACACUUGCCUUAGCUUUCUGGUGCUAACUGUGUGAACACACCAGCUCAUGUCUGUCUUCCUUUUCCAUGAGGAUUUUCCAACACACCACUGGAACUUGGACCUCUGACGUCUAUCGUCCCCUUCAGUCUCGGCUGCCUCAUGGCCUCGUCAUGUAUUUGCCACACGUAGAUGACCGACCUCCGGCCGCCUCUGCUCAGGAGGUCGUCCGGAUGAAUGUCAGGAUCCUCCCGCCGCAGUUUAGCUUUGUUGAAUCCUGGCGUGUGCGAGGAGAGCGAGCGCUCACAGCCUGUGCCUUACAAGCCAAACCAGGAAUGGAUGUUCUGGGCUCGUCUCUCCGACGCUGAACCGCUCAGGCAGCAGGUUUGGUUUCACCUACUGUUGGGAUGAAGCCAUCGAGAAGCGAGUCCCAGCGAGGGUCCUGAUGCCCGCGUGGUCCGUCUGGUGUCGCUUUGGCUCGGACAGAAUCGCAGAAACCACGUCCGCCCACGUCGACCCUUUAGGGGCCCCAUUCUCCCAGAGAAGGACUAGCUUUAACUCCAGACUCGGGCUGAUAUGAACUGGUGAAGAUAAGUUUGUUUUUCUGUCGUGACCAGGGAAGUUUUGUUUAAAAAAAGAAAAUCAGGGAAAUGCAGUCUUCCUUCGUUGAAGUAGCUCAGGACUCAGCGUACUGUCCCGCCGCCUCCUCUCAGCCUCACAGCUCACACGCCCCAAUCGAAAAGACGGUGACCACAACGACCCCAAAACCUGACGGACGUAUUUGCGGGAAUGAGAGCAGUCACAUGAUUUAGAUGUUUGUUCUUCUGUUUUGUUUUGUUUUUUUGCAUUUGUUUGUGUUGCUCUGUGUUGUGGUUGUGUCCUGUUUGCGUGGCAAGAAUUCUGUAAAUGUUUGAUGAAUGUAUAUCUAGUCGAUGAAUUAAUGGCAAGUUGAGAUUAAAUGGUUUUAAGAAUAAAA